AUGGCACCUGUAUCGAUUCGACAGAACCACUCAUUUGCUCCUCCUCGCCCCCAGAAAGGGCCAUCCACCAAACCAAUCAAAACGGAUGCCCGCAUUGAUCCAAUAAUUUUCGUGGAGCUAUUUGCGGGAACCGUGGGGAUAUUCAUUCUGUCUGUUCUGAUUUGGAAGGCUGGGAAUUUUAUUCGCUCGUUUACAGAAGGCAAGGUGCUAGCAGAAGGGAAAUCUUCACAGAUUCGAUUUGCAAAGACAUGGUACGGCUGGGUCACCCUUGAAACCCGCGAAAAGCAAAGACUGUUCUUCCGCAGAUUAUUCGCCAGGGUACGAGAAUGGACGAUUUGGGAAACACCGAGAACGGAGUUUCAGUGGAUAUGGUGGGACCCUGGCCAGGAGGCCCUUCAGGCUCGACGCAAGGCUCGACGACGGGAGAGAUGGUUGCCAAAGUUUUUGUUGAGCUAUGAAUCACCCCCAGCGGAUGCGAUCUGGAAUCCGGGCCCACGAGCAGAGUGUCACGGCGCAUUACUCCAGUUUCCGGAACACGAUCAAGUUCUGUUGGCAGAAAUACCAAUGGUUCCCCUUGAGGAGAAUUCCGAUCCGCCUCCACAUCACUACUGCAGAAUCUCCGGUAAAAAGGAGAGCAUGGUGUUGUUGUUGGCACCAGAAGCACAUAGAUACAGACAUUCAGGAAUCAGCCCUGGGACAUCCGAAGAAAGAAUGGAAAAUAUUGUCUGGUGUGACGCAAGGACAAACGUCUACUCAUCAACUGCAUCUCUUGAUGAUGAAAAAUGCUCGACCUUGAAAGGAAAUACUGUUACCAGGCGGGAAACAUCUCUGUGGAGACAUUCAACUCGCAAUGAAGAUACCUCGCAUCUGGUACAGUUUGAUGGCUCCGGCGGCCCUAGGGUAACCAAGCACCUACCAGCUGUGCACCAAAGGGACGAGGCCUUAAGGGACCCUGCACGCCGAACAGCACCAAAAUUUCGUCGUAGAAACGCUCGAAGACAUCAAAUCUGGGCUGCUAAGAUGCAGGUCAAAGCCGCGAAGUCAGUGUUGGAUGAUCUGCGAGACUCAUCCGGUCCUCCUGGAACACCGAUUACAGAUAUGUUGGCUAGUCUGAUCUCAGAGCAAGGUGUCUCAGAGCAGGGUCUGUCAGAAGGCGUGUCAGGGGGACAGAUAAAGAAAAGUGGCCAGCGCUUGCAAAAAUCUAUUGGGAAUAUCUCGCUUGCGUUCCAACCACGCAUUGUGAGGAAAGGAAUUUUGUUAUCUGAAGAUAACGUCGCCAAUGAAAGAAAGCACUUGUAUCAUACCGUACCAUCGCGGCUUAACCAAAUACUCGAGGUACCACGGGACUCAGGAAAUAUGUGGCACUCCGUUCAUGAUUCGCUGAAUGCAUGUGCCAGACAUACUGUCUUUGACAUCUGGCAAGACCAAGAAAGCCACCACUCGAAAUACUCAGAACAUCGACUUUCGCAGUAUCAAAUUUUAAGGGACAGCAGCACAGCUGAUGACGAGCCGAGUGACUGGGAGCUGAAGCUGAUAGAUAAAUUAGACCGAAAACUGAUAUGGGUCUUCAACGAAACGACACCUGGUCAAAAGCCGUACCACUUCACCUUGCUCGCAAACCACUGGUUGAACCGAGAGACUUGGGUAGUAAUUGACCCCGUCUCAAGAGUCUCAAACGAUGCACGAAGAAAUCAGGGCGACCCACGCUACAAUUUCCCCUACCCGGGGCCAGACCUGAGACACAAGCCGAAGUACCCCGAUAUUGUACGGAAAAAAGCAUAUACCCCCCGAAUCGACUGUUGGCGCGCCGCGGUGAAUCAACAGAGAAGGGUUUCUGGAGUUCCCGAUAUCAUACGCCCAGUAGAACUUUACGAGGACUCUGCGGAAGAGCCACCGGACGGGCAUAUUGACCCCGCCUGCUGGAUCCUGCCAAAGCCGCCACAGGGAUUCGAGAUGUCAACCAAGCAAAAAACCGCAUGGUACGAAGGAGGCGCAGGAUGGCAAGAACAGCUUGAUGACUGGCAGAGAGUUCGUCGAGGAUAUCGUCUUCGUAAAGCCCUAUUUGAGGGCCGGGUCAACCGGAAUCGAUUGAAAGAGGUCGCCACAAAUGUCAACAAAUAUUGUCGCCGUGCAUCGUUGAAGGUGAUCAACCGGGAAGUUCACGAAAAGCCACAACCAACCUAA